UUCAGCGGCGGAGACACCCGGACACACCGAGCCGAGCCGAGCCGAGCGGAACCGAGCCGAGCCGAGCCAAGCCGAGCGGAACCGAGCGGAACCAUGACGGAGCCCAGCAACUCGUACGAUGUGAUCGUGGUCGGCGGAGGGAUAUCAGGACUGAGUGCUGCCAAGCUGCUGAAGUCUCAGGGCCUGAACCCUGUGGUGCUGGAGGCCCGGAACCGAGUCGGUGGUCGAACCUUCACUGUGCAGAAUAAGGAGACAAAGUGGGUGGAUCUGGGCGGGGCUUACAUUGGACCGACUCAGAACCGCAUCCUCCGAUUGGCCAAAGAAUACAACGUCCAGACGUACAAAGUCAACGAGCAGGAGAGACUGGUGCAUUAUGUCAGAGGGAAGUCGUACCCGUUCAGAGGCUCCUACCCUCCCAUGUGGAACCCCAUCGUCCUGAUGGACUACAACAACCUCUUCAGGACGAUGGACGAGAUGGGACAAGAGAUUCCCAGGGAGGCUCCAUGGAGAGCUCCUCACGCGGAGGAGUGGGACAAGAUGUCCAUGCUGCAGCUCUUUGAGAAGAUCUGCUGGACCAGCACCGUUCGUCGCUUCGCCACGUUGUUCGUGAACGUGAACGUGACGUCUGAGCCCCACGAGGUGUCGGCGCUGUGGUUCCUCUGGUACAUUAAGCAGUGCGGAGGAACCAUGAGGAUCUUCUCCACCUCCAACGGGGGACAGGAGAGGAAGUUCGUGGGCGGCUCCAGUCAGAUCAGCGAGUUCAUGGCGAAGGAGCUGGGCGCCGGCAUGAAGCUGGAGUCUCCGGUUUACAGGAUCGACCAGAGCGGAGAUCUGGUGGUGGUGGAGACGCUGGACAAGCAAACCUACACGGCCAAGUACGUGAUCUUGGCCACGCCCCCCGGCCUGAACCUGAAGAUGCACUUUAACCCCGAGCUGCCGCCGCUCAGGAACCAGCUGAUCCACCGCGUGCCCAUGGGCUCCGUCAUCAAGUGCAUGGUCUACUACAAGGAGAACUUCUGGAGGAAGAAGGGUUUCUGCGGCACCAUGGUGAUCGAGGAGGAGGACGCUCCGAUCGGCCUGACGCUGGACGACACAAAGCCUGAUGGGAGUGUCCCUGCGAUCAUGGGGUUCAUCUUGGCUCGUAAGUGCAGGAAACUGUCCGGUCUGACGAAGGAGGAGAGGCUGAAGAGGAUCUGUGAGAUCUACGCCCGGGUGCUGGACUCAGAGGAGGCUCUGCACCCGGUUCACUACGAGGAGAAGAACUGGUGUGAGGAGGAAUAUUCUGGAGGCUGCUACACAGCGUACUUCCCCCCGGGGAUCCUCACCCAGUACGGGAAGGUGCUGAGGGAGCCGGUGGGCCGGUUGUACUUCGCUGGGACGGAGACGGCCACCGAGUGGAGCGGCUACAUGGAGGGGGCGGUGCAGGCCGGAGAGAGAGCGGCCCGAGAGGUCAUGUGUGUGAUGGGUCGGAUCCAGCAGAGUGAGAUCUGGCAGCCGGAGCCUGAGAGUCUGGAAGUUCCAGCUCUGCCCUUCGUCACUUCCUUCUGGGAGAGGAACCUGCCGUCGGUCGGCGGCCUCCUCAAGCUCACCGGAGUCUCCGCCCUCCUGGCGGUUGCCACGGCAGCGGGCCUCGUGGCCUACAAGAAGGGCCUCCUCCCCCGGAGCUAGAGGGGGGGGUGGGGGGGUG